AUGACGACCUCGACCCCUUCAGCCGAUACGUGGAUAUACGAUCAUCUGCACAAAGUUUAUUUCCACCCUCUAUCCAAUUCUUAUGCUGUUCCUGACCUGACGACCGGUCAAUGGAAUUACAUCCCAGCGAGUGAUUUUCAAUCCGCCUCGACCUCACUCACUCAGCUGCAGACUGUCCAAGGACAGACACCGAGAGACGAAGAGAAGGAAGAAGGUGAGAUCGAAGAUGAUAUGGGCUGGGGAGGAUUGAUGGAUCCUGAUAAACUCGCUCAAAUCGAGAAGGAUUCCAAAUCGACCUCAAAGUCUAAAUCAGCAUCACAGUUACGAGCGAAUGGACAUGAUUACAAAAAUGGUACGGUCCAUGAGAAAGAAAAAGAGAAGCAUCCUUCAUAUGUAGUACCAUACGAUGAUCCAGCCCAGUACUCUUAUCCCUCAGAUGGCAAGGACAAUGAAGACGAAGAAGAAGGAAACAAUCGAACUAAAGAAACUCCUGAUAAUAUUUUACGAUUGGUCGUCGUUCAGUCGAAAUGUCUGGAUAUCGGACAGGUUGUGAUUAUAGAUGCUCGAGAGGGUGGUAUACAAUUAGGAAGGGACAGAUGUGAGAAAGGUGGUCAAGCAAGAGUGAGAUUGAGGGAAAUGGAAGUUAGUAAAACCCAUUCUGUUAUUUAUUGGGGUAAAGGUGGAAUUCCACAAGAAGACGAAGAGGAAGAUGGAUGGUGGAUAGUAGAUUUAGGUUCUACACAUGGUACCUUCCUAUCCAAUCCAUCGACCGACAAAACGAAAAGAAUAUCAGAACCCAAACACUCUUCAAAACCCCAUUCCAUCCACCAUCUAGCAGAGAUCAAAAUCGGUAGUACCACAUUCUCAGCACACAUACAUCCUUCUUGGCCAUGCGAUGAAUGUACAGUGAAUGGCAAUAAUGAGAUUUUACUCGAUGAUGGUAAACCUAAAUCUAAACUCGAUACCGUCACUAUGCAAGAUCAAAUAUUCUCAGAUCAUGAAGUACCAUACGCAAUGGAUUCGUCACAGAAGAAACAGAAUAGAGAGCUAAAACGGAAAAGGGAAAUGGCCCUGUUGAAAGAUUCCCUAUUGAGGCGAAACGAGGUAUCGUCAAGUAAUGAUGAGAGGGAUGAGCCGAAGAGGGAAUAUUUAGAUAGAUCAGCAAUGCGAAGAAGAUUACAUCCUUCCUCACCACCGAAAUCUCAAUCUAACUCUGACAGAGCUACGCCAGAUCGGACUGAAACUCCUUUGACCCCAUCCUUUGGUGGCGAUGUGUCGAGAGAACCUACUGGACCAUCAAAAUUUGCUAGUUCUAUAUUAGCCAAUCAAGGUUGGAUCCCCGGCACGGGUCUGGGCAAAUCCAACCAAGGUAGAGCACAACCCAUUGCAGUGGAAAUGCGAAAUGAGAAAAAGGGAUUGGGUGCUCAGAAUAGUAAAGCUGCUGUGGAUGAUGGUCAAGCUCAAGGCGAUUGGAAGAUGCGUGCUAAGCAGAGGAGAUGGGAGGAGUUGUCUAAGAGUAAUGCUAAUUAG